GGAAGGUUGAAAAAAAGAUCCCUUAAACCGUAAGAAAACUGAGGACUUGCAGUCGUAAUCACUAAUCACCUUAUCGUUUCUUCUUGUUGGCACCUUCGUCGGACGCGUCUACUCCGUUUCUCAUCAUUCCCUUAUAAACCACACUCUGAAUCGCUAUAGUUUUCAUUACCAAUUUGCUUCCAAGACGCGCUCAUACAAACCAGAUGGAUUCCUUCUUCAACAAAGGCUUCAAAGCUGCCAAAUGUAAAACUCUAUUGAAGCUGACGAUUCCUCGGAUAAAGCUAUUGAGAAACCGUAGAGAGAUUCAGCUGAAGCAGAUGCGGAAAGAAAUUGCCAAGCUUCUCGAAACUGGUCAGGAAGCCACUGCUCGGAUUCGGGUGGAGCAUAUUAUAAGAGAGGAGAAAAUGAUGGCUGCCCAGGAGAUAAUUGAGCUAUUUUGUGAGCUCAUAAGUGUUCGUCUUCCAAUAAUUGAGGCACAAAGGGAAUGCCCCUUGGAUUUGAAAGAAGCAAUUUCCAGUAUAUGUUUUGCUGCACCAAGAUGUGCCGAUCUUCCAGAAUUGCUGCAGGUUCAACUGGCUUUUACUGGUAAAUAUGGAAAAGAAUUUGUUGCUGCUGCCACAGAGCUUAGGCCUGAAUGUGGUGUCAAUCGCCAGGUUACACAAUUUAUUAUUACCUACCAUCAAUACACACAAUAUUGUGAACUACAUUUUAUGCACCGUUGGUUGCUUCUUAUCACUUCUCUUUACAUGCAGUUGAUUGAGCUGCUAUCUAUUCGUGCUCCUGCUCCUGAUGUGAAACUGAAGGUCCUGAAGGAAAUUGCUGAGGAGCAUGAGCUAGAGUGGGAUCCAAGUGCUUCUGAAACUGAGUUGUUGAAGCACCAUGAAGACUUGCUUAAUGGACCGACACAAUUAGUCAGUGGGUCUAAGGUGCCUCUUCCCGAGGAAAAACACGACUCUGCUUCAGAAGUCUUAGAUAAACCAUCUGAUGAUUCUGAUGGUGAGUACGACAUAUUAGAUUUCCCGGAAGUCCCUAGGCAACCACUGCAUUCAAACACAGCUGCUGCCUCAACCCCAGAAAUGCUUCCUUUUCCUGCCUCUGCAUUAUCUGAUUUCGAUCAUGAAGUUGAAAAAUCUUCAGAAGUUAAUGGAUUAGCAUCAAAUAAACCGGAGAUGGAGCAUGAGGAAGUUUUGCUGGAGAGGUCUGCUGCGAAUGAGCAUAAAUUGACCGAUGUUUCACCUGCUCCAAAUGAAGAGAAGCAGUUCUUGCCAUUCAUGGCUCCCCCACCAAAAUCAUCUUCUUCUGUGAAACAAAGUGAUCUGCCUCCACCCCUUCCAAAAACCCUAAGUGAAACGAAUAUAGAUUUACAAGAUGUAUUAGCUGCUGCUCAGGCCGCAGCUGAAACAGCUGAACGUGCAGCUGCUGCUGCUCGCUCAGCGGCGAGCCUUGCACAGCUCAGAAUCAGUGAACUAACAAAGAAAAAGGAUGAUGCCGGCAAGGGCCCAUUCCAUGUUGAUGAACAGAAGGAUGACAGCUCUGAAAAGCCUCAUUUGGAGCACGAAAGCUCAUUUUCCAGCUCCGAUGCUGCUUCAAUCUCUGAAAGCCCAAAGCUCAACGAUCAAUCGAGGCAUCAUCAACCUCAGAGAUUGCCUUCUAUCGACGAUGAAACAUACUUCUCAUACCCGAACUUGUUUACACGACAGGGCUCAAAUCUUAGUUCAAAUGCUCAGUCAUUCAACUCCAGGCCACCACAUGAGCAGUGAGCUGAAUCACUUUGCCCCACCACCACCACCACCAAGCCGCCGCCUGCCGGGGCUGUCAUCAGAUCUUCAGUGUCUACUCUAUCUAUUUGCCUACAAGUACUUAUUUUGAUUUGGAUCAGAGAAAAUGCAAGGGGAAUACAUAUUUACAAUGUAAUUUGAGUUUCUCAGUUGAAUUGUGGUUUUGUAAAGAUGCUUUUUUGACAAUUAGUUUCAUAUUCUUUAUUUCUUUCUUCCCAUGUAAGACAUGAAAUCUUGACUUGAUGCUAUGUUAUCUAGGCAAAUUAUUCUGUGAA